AUUGUGCAACUCAAGCCCAAGCCUUCUCAGUCCUUCUUUCUACAUGUCUGAACAUGUCUCAGGGUUUACAUUAUUCAUGUGAGACUAUUUGAGACACUGCUGGCAGUGUAGUGAGUAACAGGUGCUGAGGGAGAACCAUGUGAAAACAAACAGUGCUAAUUUCUGCUGGAAAGCACCACAUCUGGUGGGAUCACAGGACGCAAUUAAUUGCGGGAAUCUAUCAAGAAAGUUUCAAGAAGUUGUUUAUCCUCCGUUUCCAAGAGUAUGUUGUUUCGCGUGUUGCUGGGUCCUGAUAAUGCCAGAAGACUCAAUGUCACUGAAGCCCUCAACUCGGUCAAUCAUUUGAAAAAGAUUCUGCAAGAUAGUCUACAGCUUGUCCAGGAUUUUGAGAUUCAGUUUGAGGAUCCAGACUUUGGCCAUGAGCUAUGUAAUCUGACUGACUUAUCCGAGCUUCCACCAGAUAGAGCUGUAUUGAAAAUAAUCACUAAAGUAUCUGAGGAGUCAGAUAAUGCCUCCAUAUCAUCCCUGGACACUGCCAGUACGUCUUCUGCCAGUUCAGCUUCUUCUGCAUUAUCCAGCUCAAAUGUUAGUCCUAUUAGCAUACCUCUUAGACAGCGUGAAAAUUCAGAGCAGUGGCCUUUUCCUUUCCCUAUACCUACAUUUUCAUAUGAUGUGGAAUUGAGACUUGCCAAAGAGAAUGAGAUGUUCAGAGAACAUGGAACACUGCUUGAUGUUACCAAGGAUAUGAAAAUGGACAUUUUAAAUGCCCUGUGUCAUUCCAUGUUUUCUUAUAAAGCAUACCCAACAAAAAAAGAGUUAGAAGUGGUGGCUGCGGGAGCGUCGUGGCUCCAUACCAUAAAUCCGGGGACCCGGGUUCGAUUCCGACCCGAGGUCAUUUCCCGAUCCCUCCCCGUCUCUCUCCCCCACUCAUUUCCUGUCCUGUCUCUACACUGUCCUAUCCAAUAAAGGUGAAAAAAGCCCCCAAAAAAUCUUUUAAAAAAAAAGAAGUGGUGGCUGCUGGUUUAGUCAAUAAGCAUCCCUGUCUGAAGGACCCAAGCAUGGGAACAAGUUAUAAUACUUGGACAACAAGGUUGUACUUCAAAGUUGGAAAUUACCGCCAUAAACUAGGAGCAGCAGGUUGCAGCGAAGUCUGUGUUAACCAGAAAAGAACAGGAGAAGAUUCCAGGAAUCGUUUGAAGAAGGCAAAAAGAUGUGAAGUGAACUUCCUUCCUUACAUUCCAACUGGACAAACUGAUUUAACUCUACAAAAUGAAAAAGCUGCUUUACAGGAAGAAAUGAAAAAGAGACAUCCCAACCAUGCACUCAUUAAUUCCAAAAUGGAACAGACGUUUGCCUUACGAAGGAAAGAAAUUGUGGAUGAAGAGCCUCCAGUGGUUGACAUUAUGAAACUGUGGCCGGCAUUAUUUUUGGAAGAGCAAGUUCACACAGAGUUUUAUAGAAUCACUGGAGUUAAUCUCAAGGAGACGUUCUUCUCUUUACUUGAUGAAUAUACACCAAAGAUCAUCAAACUGUACAGGUCACGUAGUGGAGCCUUUGGAGAGGACUUGAAGAGUCUUCUGGACAAAAUGGAUAGCAAGACAAACAAUGUGAUUUUGCAUAGGAAAACAGCAGCUCUGCGAGGCCUACCAUUGUUUUUGAGGGAGAGCACAGAUUCCUUCUUCAAAUCUUGCUUGGAUACAGAUGUGGAUGUGGAUAGCGUCAACACUUGUGGAGUCCAGAUAGGAAUUUUAACGGUUGUUGAGGACGACAUUGCUACCAGCGACACAGAUGCCAAUGUACGGUGUUUUGCUUUGAUUAUUGAGGAGCAGAUUGUUCUUGAUGACCUCCCUGACCUUCCCACUGCUAUAGCCCUCCUUUUUGGAUUGAUUUAUGCUUUGAACAUGAAGUAUCCAAAGGAACUGAAGUACAUGUUCGAAACCAUUCAAAAAGUUUUCAUGCACCUUGAUACCAAACUUCCUGCAAGGGCACAGUCUUUCAGAAACAAAAUGCUGAGGUGCUGAGGUGCUGGACUGUGAAAACAAGUGACUUUGUGUGUUGCUUGCGUAUAUUGCUGGUUAGAUUAGCAUAGUACUCUGCAGCACUUAUACAGUUAUGGCAGAGCUAUCUUUAUUUAGGUAUCUUUUUACUGCUUUUCUGUGAGCAAUGUUUUUGUUUUGUUUUUAAGGCUCCAGUGUAAUGCAUGUGUAUGUACAGUCAAAAUGGCAGUGUUGGUUCUUUUAGGUCACAAUGUAAAGGUUCUGGCCAUAAAGAAGGCAAGCGUGUUUGCUAAGCUGUGUUCACAUAUAUACCGGUACGAUAGUGGUAUAACUGUAUCGAUACAAAGUAUACCGGUACAGUUUAGUGCAUCUGUCCACACUAGCGAGAAAUGUUUGCGGUUUUCUUUCACAGUAGUUGAAAUGCGCGUGCGCGAAAUGUUUCCGUGGUUACCGAGUAACUUCCUUCCGAGAAUAUAUGGCGGAUGAAACAACGUGUGUGUGCUUUUUGUUGUCAAUGUACAGUCUGUAUUUCUGGUGUUCAUUUUUUAUUCAGUCGAAUCGUAUAAAACGCGCGAAGCAGUUGAGAAAGAAACAAAGAAAACGAAUCUCCGUUCUUCACUAUUUUAUUCAGCGAAGACAUCGAUUGAGGUGUGUGACUUUGCGCAUGCGCAUUAUAUUUGUAUCAAUACAGAGCCGCUUCAUCUGUCCACACUACAGCGAAGCGCUACAGUACCGAUACUGUACCGGUACGAAACCCAUACAUUUGUGGGUUUCGUACCGAUACAGUUAUACCGCUACAGUACCGGUAUAGUUGCUAGUGUGGACAGGUGUUGCGGUAUGAAAGUAGUAUCGUAUCGGUACAAAAUCCCUAGUGUGGACAGGGUAUUAGUUAACCAAGUAAACUUCAGCAUUUUCAUUAUUGUAGUAUACAUAUUCCUAAACCUGAUUAUUUUAUGUUUCCAGUGUAAUGACUGCACAAAAAGGUUGCA